AUUAGGUGUAUGACAUUUCUGAAAUCUAAUUUGUCAGAUAUUCAUGUAACCACCACAGCUUUCUUUUCAUUAGCGUCAGCAUGGUAUAUAUAUAUUUUUCAUCCUUUUACAUUUAACUUUUUUGUGUCUUUAUCUUUAAAGUGAAUUUUUUGUAGGCAGCGUAUAAUUGGGUUUUGUUGUUUUAAAACUCAGUUUGAUUAUCUCUGCCUUUCAGUUGGGAGUGUUUAGACCAUUUACAUUUGUUUAGAUUUAGGAUUAAAUCUUUAACGUUUUGGUGUUUGUUUUCUUUGUUACAUGUGUUCUAAGUUCCCUUUUUCCUUUAACCUAUUGGAUUUUUUUUUUAAUUCCAUUUUAUCUCCAUUGCUGUUGUAUUAGUUAUAACCCUAUAACUAGCAUUUUAUAGCAUAUAUCUUUAUCUUAUCACAGUUCACCUUCAAGUGAUAAUACACCAUUUCACUUAGAAUAUACCCGUUGCCAUCAAGUCAAUUCUAACUCAUGGUGACCCUCUAGGACAAAGUAGAACUGCCCCAUAGAUUUCCAAGGCUGUCAUCUUUACAAAAGCAGACUGCCACAUCUUUCUCCUGUGGGGUGGCUGGUGGGUUCGAACCACCAACCUUUCGGUUAGCUGAUGAGUGCUUCACCGCUACUUCAGUAGGGUUUUCAAUUAUAAAUACCUCAUAAUAGUGUUCUUCCAUCUCUCGACUCACAGCCUUUUUUCUGUUGUUUUCGUGCUUUUAAGUAUACAUAUGUUAUAAGCCUCACAAUGCAUGGUUACUGUUUUUGUAUAAACAGUUAUCUUUUAAAGAUAUUUAAACAAUAAGAAAACAGCUGUACAUGUUUACUGCUUUUGGUGUUCUUUGGACCUUGGGUGCAUCCCCAUUUCCUCCUGAGAUGUUUUCUUCUGCCUGAAGGAGCUCACUUAAGUUUCUUGUAGGGCAGGUCUGCUGUUGAUGAGUUCUUUCCGCUUUUGCGUGUCUGAAGAAGUCUUUGUUUCACCUUUGUUUUGAGUAGUAUUUUUGCUCUCUGUAGAAUUCUAGGAUGACGGUUUUUUUUUUUUUUGUUUUUAGUGCUUUAAAGUUGUUGCUCCAUCGUCUUCUCACUUUCAUGGUUCCUGACAAGAGAUCUGAUGUCGUUCUUAUCUUUGUUCCUCUCUAUUUUAGUGUCCCCCGCCCCCACCCCUGCUACUUUAAGAUGUUUCUCUUUAUCACCGGUUUUGAACAUUUUUUUUCUCUCUUUCUUUUGUAGUAGAAACAUACAUACCUAGACGUCUGCCAACAAAACAACUUUCACAUUUACAGCUCAGUGACCUUGAUGACAUCUUUCACGUUGUGCCACCAUUUGUGUGUCCUCAUUCAAAACGAGCAGUUUUACUGUGGUGUGCCUGGGUGUUGUUGACUUUGUGUGUCCUCAUCCAGAAUGAGCAGUGUUACUGUGGUGUGCCUGGGUGUCGUUCACAUUGUGUGUCCUCGUCCAGAAUGAGCAGUGUUACUGUGGUGUGCCUGGGUGUCGUUCACAUUGUGUGUCCUCGUCCAGAAUGAGCAGUGUUACUGUGGUGUGCCUGGGUGUCGUUCACUUUGUGUGUCCUCAUCCAGAAUGAGCAGUGUUACUGUGGUGUGCCUGGGUGUCGUUCACUUUGUGUGUCCUCAUCCAGAAAGAGCAGUGUUACUGUGGUGUGCCUCGGUGUUCAUUUUGUGUGUCCUGUGCUUAGAGUUCAUGGAGCUUCUUGGAUCUGUAGAUUUUAGUUUUCAUCAGUUUUGGAAAGUUUCAGCCAUUUUUUUUCUUUCUUUUUUUCCUCUGUUCCCUCUUCUUUCUCCUCUUAGACUCACUUCAGAUUGUUUAAAGUUGACCCAGGUCGUUUUGUCAAGUUCACGUCCUCUAAACUCCAUCUGAUGUCUAACACUUCUCUCUGACAUCCUUGAUCUGCGUCAAGGAGCUCCUUUCUGACCACAAAGCCCCGGGGAUGAACUUCCAUUCCCUUUGUGCCCCUACUUCUCUCCAGAUCUCGUAAACUCAGCUCAUUCAUUUCUCUUCUUAAACUCCUUUAGACAGAUUUUCUGGUUUUUUACAUCCCAGAGUGGCAUAAGAUGGUUUCUACACACAUCAGUGGGUGGUCCGUGUUUGUCUGGGGCAGGCUCUCAGCUUUCCUUGGUUCUCAGGGGUGCAUCAUUCUCCACAGGAUAAAGGGCGACUUCCACAGGGCAUCCCUCCAUGAGGGGUUUUGUUUUAGUCUCUGCUCAGCACGUCCUGUGGGGCUGGUUUUGUCUUCAGACACUUGGACUGUUAGCUUUUGUUUUGCGCUCCCAUGUGACAGUCCUUUAGGUGUUUGAGGACAGCGGCCAUCUCCCCCAGGUCGCUCCUUCAGCUGCCCUGCAGCCACUGCUCCGUCACUUCACCAUCCCGUGCUCCCCGCUAACCAGUGUGAUCAGUUGACCUGCUUCAAGUAACACCCGGAAUCGAGCAUACCAUUUCUUGGCAAUCAACACCCCAGCACCGAAACAGAUUAAACGGUCACCUGGAAAAUUGCUGAGAGUUAUAGAACAUCUUUGCUUUGAUUUAUCUAAUUUCCAUAAUUCAGAAAAGAUAGGAAGGUAGAGAGGAUUUUUGAAAAUAGCAGAAUAUCUAUUGUAGUUGCUGUCGAGGUGGCUCUGGCUCACGGCGGCUUGGCGCACCGCGGAGUGAGACAUCGCCGGUCCUGUGCCGUCUUCACAGCUGUCGGUUCUGCCAGAGACACUGCUUGACCUCGAUGUGAAGUUAAAGGAGGAAUCACACUCACCUGCAUGCUGCUCUCGGGAUGGUGACCCACUGGCCCUGCCUGAAAAGGGACAUCCUGCUCUAGAUGCCGACUGCCGGCAAAAACACAGGCCCCUCCUGGAUGCCAGGUAGCUCACUCUCCCCCUGGAGUGAAGGCCCCUCCAGACUCCACGGGAACGUCCGCUGCAGAAGAUGCUUUGUGCCGUACUGCUGACAGCAGCCUAAGCCCAUGCGCCCCGUCCUCACCGUCGUCGUGGCUGGUCUGCCACCUGGAGGCGCCUCCAGCUCUCACCCAGGCCCCGGGUCUGUCUCGGAAAUGUCUCUGCUUCACGCCUUGGGUCCCGUGCAGACCUGGCUGGGACAGGAGCUCGAGAAGUGUGGCAUCGACGCUGUGAUUUACACUCGGUAUGUCCUCAGUCUGCUGCUUCAGGACAGCUAUGACUACGACCUGCAGGAACAGGAGAAUGACAUCUUCCUGGGCUGGGAGAAAGGAGCUUACAAGAAAUGGGGAAAGAGCAAGAAAAAGUGUUCAGACCUAACUCUGGAAGAAAUGAAAAAGCAGGCUGCUGUCCAGUGUCUUCGAUCUGCAUCUGAUGAGAGCUCGGGCAUCGAGACUCUAGUGGAGGAGCUGUGCUCCAGGCUGAGGGACCUGCAGAGUGAGCAAGAAGAGAAGAUUCACAAGAAGCUGGAGGGGUCCCCCUCCCCGGAGGCAGAAACGUCCCCCACAGCGAGGGAUCAGGUGGAAAUGUACUACGAAGCAUUUCCACCACUUUCUGAGAAACCAGUUUGCCUGCAAGAAAUCAUGACCGUGUGGAACAAGUCCAAAGUCUGUUCUCACUCUAGCUCUUCUUCAUCAUCCACAGCCCCACCAGCCAGCACGGACACGUCCUCUCCCAAGGAUGGCCACAGUGAGAGUGAGGCCGCCAGGGAAAGGGGCAGGGGAGCACCCUGCAGCGCACAUGAGACGGCCCCAGGCAGGAGUUGGAGCGAGAAGGAGAGCAAGCUCAGCAGCGGCAUGCCUGAAGAGCUGCCCGCAUCCUACAAGAAGCAGGCCCGGCACAGGCCAGAGGGGAAGGCCCGCCCUCGCUCCUGGUCUUCGGGCUCCAGUGAGGCUGGCUCAAGCUCCAGUGGCACCCAGGGAGAGCCGAGGGUGCCCACCAAGUGUGUCAAAGUGAGGCACAGGGCACGGGAGGCACGAAACAAGAAGGGACGCAGCGGGCAGAGCCGGUUUCCGGCAAAGAGUGGCGAGAAGGCAGAGAGAGGCGUCCGCACUGGGAGCAGCAGCAGCAGCGGUGGGGGUUCCAUCAAGCAGCUGUGCAAACGGGGGAAGAGGCCGCUCAAGGAGCCGGGGAGGAGAGACUCUGGUGGCACAGAAGGAAAGGACCUGUGUGUGGAGAGCAGGAGUGACAGGGAGUACAAAGAGGAGCCACUGUGGUAUACCGAGCCCAUUGCCGAGUACUUCAUUCCCUCGAGCAGAAAGAGCAAGCUGGAGACCACGUACCGCCACAGGCCGGAGCUGAGUGCGCUGACGCCGGAAGCCGGCGGGGAGCUGUCAGAAGCAGUGCAUGGCCUGUGUGUCAGCAGCAGCACCCACAAAACAUACCUCACGGCAGGCACCUUCAUCGAUGGUCAUUUUGUAGAAAUGCCUGCAGUUGGUGAGGCUGCUGACCUCCCUGGGACCUCGUUCUGUUCUCCGCCGGAGGACAACAAAUACCUGGAUGACAUUCAUCUGUCAGAACUCACACACUUCUAUGAAGUGGAUAUCGAUCAAUCCAUGUUGGAUCCUGGUGCCUCAGAAACAGUGCGAGGAGAAAGUCGGAUCUUGAACUUGAUUCGGCAGAAAGGCAGUGAGAGGACGGGUUUUGAGGCAGAAUGUUGCAUAGUGUUAGAUGGGAUGGAGUUGCAAGGGGAGCGUGCAAUAUGGACAGACCCCGCCAGCGCGGGGGGUGCCGAGGGCCUGCUGCUGCAGGCAGGCGCUGGGAACCUGGCUCAGUUCUGGGACGGCUGCUCGUCCAGCUCUGGCGACGCCGACGCCGAGAGCUUUGGGGGAGACUCUCCCAUCCGGCUCUCCCCGCUCUUGGAUGGCGCGAUGCAUAACUCAGACUUGCUGACCGGCAAUCACGAGCUCUUUUCAGACGUUCAUGAAGGAUCUAGUGUCAACUCCUGUUUUUCAGUGUUUGAAGUGCAAUGCAGUGAUUCUGUUCUACCCUUUUCUUUUGAAACACUCAACUUGGGAAACGAAGAUACAGAUUUUAGUGGUAAUGUGCUUGGGAAAACACAAUCUAGAUUGCUAAUAUGGACCAAAAAUAGUGCCUUUGAAGAAAACGAACACUGUUCCAAUCUUUCAACGAGAACGUGUAGUCCCUGGUCCCAUUCAGAAGAGACACGUUCAGACAAUGAGACGCUAAGUGUCCAGUUUGAAGAGUCCACGCAGUUUAGUGCAGAGGAUAUUAAUUAUGUCGUCCCUAGAGUCUCGUCAAAUUACGUAGAUGAAGAACUCCUAGAUUUUUUGCGAGGUGAAGCUUGCCAGCAAAACAGUAGAACUUUGGGAGAAAUUCCUACAGUACUUUUCAAAAAGAAAUCUAAAUUAGAAUCUGUCUGCGGAAUUCAGUUAGAACACAAACCGGAAGGCAGAGACUUUGAGACUGCACAUGUGUGUGGCGGAGGCAGCCCACCUGGGGACAGCUACCACUCAGGGGCCAUGAAGGGUAUCUGGACACACGUGGCGGGGGGAAACCCAGUGGCCACGCUGGACACAGAAAAGAUGGACGGUGAGCCGUUCUCUGCAGACGUAAAUAGCUACUGCUGCUGUCUAGACGCUGAGGCAGAAACCGAAGCCCUCCAGGAAGCCAGCAAGGCCGUGCAGAGGUCGGAGUACCGUCUGUGGGAGGGGCAGAAGGGGGGCCUGGAGAAACGCGCGUUUGUCCCCAGCGAGCCAGCAGAGGUGGACGGGGGUGACUACACAAUGCCCUCGAGGCCAUGGGAUGCGGUCCAGGAGAAGGAGAGUGCCUUCAUCCUGGGGGGCGUCUAUGGGGAGCUCAAGACCUUCAGCAGUGAGGGGGAGUGGGCCGUGGUGCCGCCUGGCCCCUCCAGGGGCAGCCUGCUGCAGUGUGCCGCCUCUGAUGUUGUGACCAUUGCUGGCACUGAUGUCUUCAUGACGCCCGGAAACAGCUUUGCUCCAGGCCACAGGCAGCUGUGGAGGCCCUUGGUGUCCUUUGAACAGAACGACCCUCCCAAGAGCAGGGAGAGUGGGUGGAAUAAGGGGUUUUCUUUCAUCUUCCAUGAAGACUUGCUGGGUGCGUGUGGCAACUUUCCAGUUGAGGACCCUGGGCUGGAGUGUCCAUUCUCCUCCUUGGGCCUGAGCAGUCCGCUCUCACAGGUCCUCCACGUCGAGUGCUCCUUUGAGCCCGAAGGGAUUGCCUCGUUCAGCCCUGGUUUUAAGCCCAAGUCCAUCCUCUGCUCCGACUCAGACGGCGAGGUGUUCCACCCCAGGACGUGCGGCGUCGACAGGACUCAGUACAGGGCCAUCCGCAUCUCUCCCCGGACCCACUUUCGCCCCAUAUCAGCAUCUGAGCUGUCCCCGGGAGGGGGGAGUGAGUCCGAGUCUGAGUCUGAGAAAGAGGAAGUGAGUAUCCCCAUCCCUCCUCAGGUGGACGCCUUCCAGGACCCACAGGCGGACCUCAAGCCUCUUGAAGAAGAUGCAGAGAAAGAAGGCCAUUACUACGGGAAGUCGGAGCUCGAGUCCGGAAAAUUCCUCCCCAGGCUAAAAAAGUCUGGGAUGGAGAAGAGUGCACAGACAUCCCUGGAUUCCCAGGAAGAGGCAGCCGGUGUCCUGCCAGCAGGAAAACCGAGUCCGUGUGUGGGGUGCAGCUCGAGCGAGACCCUGCAGAUAGGCUUAGGAAGCUCAGAAGCAAAUUGCAAAAUAAUGGCACAGUGCGAAGAAGAAAUUAGUCAUUUUUGCAGUUGUAAAGCAGGUUGUCAGUUUCCUGCUUGUGAAGAUAAUCGGGUGUCUUCAGGGGAGCUGGACGAGUUUCCUGUGUUGAACGCGGACGUGCAGGGAACGAGGAGACAUCAGGAGAAGCCGACCUGGUGGGGAAAAGCCCUGUUCUCUCCUCUCUUUCCUGCGUCCGAGUGUGAAGAGUGUUACACGAAUGCCAAGGGAGAGAACGGUCUAGAAGAAUACCCAGAUAUUAAAGACAUGCCCAGCGACGAGCACCUGCUGGACUUCAAUAGGGUGUCCUCAGUGUACGAAGCCAGGUGCACCGGGGAGAGGCUCUCGGGAGCACAGGCACACAGCUUCCGCAGAAAGGUGGGCUCCGGCACCAGCUCGGCCGCGGACGACACCGGCUCCCAGGACAGCGGCUCGGAGGGCGGGGGCGGAUGGGCGGGCCCCGGCGAAGAGGAGCUCUUUUCUCGAACUCAUCUCUGAACCUGCGAGUAGUGCACGUGGUGUUCUGAAAACCAUGCGUGAAGGGAAAUUACCUUUUGUGAGACCUGUUAUCUAGAGCAGCACUUAGGUUUCUUCUUGGAGUCACUGGUCCCCAUCAGUAAUUCUCUUUCUCUUCUUGCUUGUUUUAGAGUUGAGGACAGCUAUCCUGUUGAAGAUUUUUUUCAAGCUGUUAAUUCUUGGCUAUUUGAAGUAGACUAGACUGUGUUGUCCGCUCCGGAGUGGGUGUGCAUGUGCUUGUCUUAGGAGCAUCGCUGCUUUCCGCAUCUGCAGCUCUCUGCCUCUUAGCCCGCGGCGGCCGCGGCGGCCACUCCUGCUGUUCAAGACUCACUGUGCUGCGGAACACGCAGGCUCUGUUCUCGGGGCCGGGCCUCGGGGACUGUGGGGCUCGUCCACGGUCUCCGUCCAGCCAGCUCUCAUGUACAUUGGAUGCGGGAGCCACGGCGUAUGCUUUGGAGACUUACUGCUGCUGCGUUUUCUCUUGUAGGGUUUCCCCUAAAGUAUCGUGGAUGAUACGUGGCUUGUGACUUUCUCGCUCCCUGAAGAAGCCAAGGAUGGGCUGUGGGGCAGUGCGUGCAGCAGAGUGGAGAGGGGGCCGCUGCCCCAAAGCCCCCCUUGGGGGUGGUGAUUUGAGCAGUACAUGCUGAGGACCUUGAUUGCGAAUUAUUUUUUUCUUGUGACCCCCAGACUCGUGACUGGAAGUGUCUGACGCGCAGUGCUCACCACCCUCAGCCCUUCUGGCUGCUGCAGCCGCCGCGCUUGCGGCCCUGACAGUCUCUCUCGUGUCUCGUUUUGUGUUAGAGAGAGUGAGUGAGUUCUGCGUGUGGUGGGGGGCUGGGUGGGUGGCCCGUGACUGUGCGUGCGUGUGUGUGUGUGAGGCCAUGCAGACGGGCUUCCAGCUCCUGGGUGCGCUUCACGACACGGGGCAGCAGGGUGGAGCUGGGGUGUAUUUGCGAAACCUAGACAUUUUAGCUUGUUUUCCUGUUGUAACAACUCGUCUGAGACCCCCUGCUCUGUGAGGCCGACUGAGGGUGGCAGUGACGACAGGAAGUCAGUUUGGACCUGACAGCGUCACAUGGCCUCUGGUGGGCCGUGGGCGUGUGGCGCAGUCCGCCAGCUGGGAGCCGGCUGGCCCGAGAUGGACCAUCUGCUGCGAGCAUGGGACUUUGUUGCCCUUCCUUCACUGACGACACAGAAAAUGGCAACAGAGGCUAUGGCGUUGUGGGGUCCUGGGCAGGGCCCCUCCGCACGUGAGGGGCUGCUUCUAUGCAGCACAUCUUUCGACACUUUAAAGUGGGCUGUGUGUGUGUGUGUGUGUGUGUGCGCGCGUGCGCGCGUGCGUGCACGUGUGCGUGCAAGGUUUUGUGUUGCUGUUAUUUAUUUACAGAUUUCAGAUAAGUUCUAUGUAUUUUUCUUUCUUCUGGAGCUUCCUAAAAAUUGACUAGCAUCUGCACUGAAAUAUAAUUUAACAGCAAAGCAAAAAAGAAUCGGGAGUGUGAGUCCCCAAAGUCACUGCAGUGACUCUGUCCUGGAAACCAUUGCUUGUGUAGCAGAGACCAAAACUCAACGCAGACCGGCCUUCAGCACAGAGAGGCUCCGGGGCCGGGCAGCCUCCUCCCUGGGGGUGGGCUGUGGGGUCUGCACCUCCCACGAGAGCUGGGGGGGAUCUGCGACUCCCACGGGAGCUG